UUGUUGAGCUUGCCAGACUUUUCCUUGUCGCCGACCAGUUCUCCGACUUCUUGUGCAUCCUGAUCAUCCAUGUCCAUCAUGGGACCAGCUCAUGGUCGAGUACCCUCCUCCCAGCUACUCUCGCCGGAUCCUCAACUUGUGCCCGGCAGACUACCGACCGGGACACUCCUGGUAGCCGAAGUCAGAAGACUGUCCAGGGCGAGGUUGAUGGGAAUAUCCAGCUCGCCCAGCAGCUUCCUGUCGACUGCCAGUGCCCAGCAACCACCACCACCACCACCACACCAACAACAACUACCACCAGACCAACUAACCCCUCAUCCAACUCACUCCCUGCUCCUGACUAGUACUGACUUGAUCACCCCACAGGACGCUCUGGCUUGUCGCGGACCAUCGAGUGCAAACCUAGCAGACUCUCACUUUUCAACCGACAGAACGCCCGUCCCAGGAAGCUUCAAUCCUAACCAGCUGGAACUCGCGACUCCUUCAAACAAGCCUGCAAGAACUCCUCGAGUAUCAUCAGAAAACACCAUGCUAGAAGAUGACACGAGCUCAGAAUUAUCCUCAGAACUAGAAAUUCAACAUACACCGACCGCGCAAUCGCGUAUCCAGAGUCUCCUCUAUGUCGGAUCUCACUCACCCAGCUCUCGUCAAAGCCCAUCAACCAAGUCUCGAGGUAAUCCGCUGGAAAAAAACGCGCUCUUGGACACAGCUCCCGACGAAUUACUCUCCACCCAUCAUGGCCAGAUGCCCAGUAGUUUCGUCAACUUGUUAGCUCUACACAACGCGUUGGAGAAGGCCUUACUCUUGCAUCUGGCAACACAAGGCGCGAACGCAGCGAUGACGGUCGUCAAUUCCACUCCACCGACCUGUCCCACUGAAACAAACACUCUCACACCUCCCGCACGCGACGAGAGGAUGAAAACCCCAGAACCUGAUCAACAACGCUCCCGCCGAGCUCUGAGUCCUGAGGAGGAGGAAGACCUGUUCAAAACAUUCAGACUCGAAAGCUUGGUAUCCUGGCCAGUCAUCAAGCCGAUCGUCGAACGCGGAUCGGGCAAACACUUUGGAGAGAGAGAACUGGCUCAACUUCUAUGGCUUUGGCAAAACGAUCCAGAUAAUGAUUCGAACGAAGCACAAACAACCCAGGUACGCAAGAGGAAAAAAGCCGCCACCCCGGAUAUGGACGAGCCAUUGGAUCAUAGUAGUGCUCAGCGGGAUCACGUGGGAGAAGCUAAAGAGCAAGUAGGAAUGGGGUUCAUUAUCUCGCGUGUCCGAUCGUUAGACCCUUCAGGGACUAUGGAAAACAAGCGGCUGAGGUACACGUAUGGGCUCGGGUUGGAGAUCAAAGCCCGAGAAAACCGACGGAUGCCGACUUACUCGCUGCAAUCGCCAGGGAAGUCGAACGAGUUUCUCGAAUCGCCCAGCCGCUCGUUCCGAUCCGCAUCAACCGAGAACAAGUCCCGGAAGAGCCCGAGCAGGAUCAAGGCGAAAGACGUGAUGAAUCUGGUGGCCCUGUGGAGCAGCAAGUCGGUCGAUCGGAAGGCUGAGGUUGCCCGUCGGCUGCGCUCGUAUUGGCUCUCUCGCUCCGCCGAGCCCGGCCAUCCGCAAUCCCAGGAACCUCCUACUAGUCCCUCCAAUCUCCAAAGGAUCGCCGUCCCCUUGGGGUGUCUCCCCAAGCUCGACCCAACCACCCAUAAACUGCCCACUCAUCCAUUCAACCGUCCCCCCUCUGCUUCAUCAUCUCAACUUCCCUCGCUUCAUCAGCCGGACCUCAAACGGCAUCGACUCGAUCUCACCCGGAACUCCGACCGCCGUCAUUCUCCUUCUCCUAAACGCCCCAAAGUCAACCCCCAUUCUCGCCUCCCUUCUUCAAAUACCAACGAUCCCAACUCGACUGUCCCUUCUAUCUCAAGCCCAGGCUCAGGCUCAGUUCAACACAGAGCAUUGAGCUUACUAGAACGCGUGA